AUGGUUCUGUCUUGGCAGGAGCUGGCAGAGCUCACUGAGGAGGAGUCCCUCACAGGGGUCCCACUGCUGGUGUUUGCCAACAAGCAGGACCUAGUAGCUGCAGCACCUGCAGCUGAAAUUGCGGAAGGGCUGAGCCUCCACACCUACCGGGACCGGGAAUGGCAGAUCCAGGCCUGCUCAGCCUUGUCUGGGGAAGGAGUGCAGGAUGGGAUGAACUGGAUUUCCAGCCAGAUCAUGAACAGGAAGAAGUGA